UUAUUUAAAGCUCAGCUCAGAGGGAAAACUGAAAGUGUGCUCUGUACAGACAGCAGGGGACGAACAAUGCUGCACGUACUGAUAUUUAUCUGUGUGCUGUUUGAAGCCGCAGCUUCGCAAAUAAGCGGGUAUGGAAAUGAAACAGCUGAUUACGGCGGGGAUGCGCAUUACGGGUGCGCAGUGGCAAAUCCUACAGGUGUGCUCCAGGUCACGUGGCAGAGGCUUUUCAAGGACGAGUCAAUCGAGAACUUAGCGACCUACAGCAAGCGGUUUGGACAGCAAGUAAAUGAUCCUUACCGUGGAAAAGUGAUCUUCACAGAAGCGUCCCUCAGCUCGACAUCCAUCACUCUGAGGAACGUGUCAUGGCAAGAUGAAAGCUGCUACAUCUGCUCAUUUAAUGUGUAUCCAGACGGGUCCAAAAGGAGGCAGAUCUGCCUCACAGUGCAAGGAAUAUCAGCAGUGGAUACAAGGUCUGUUCCACGUGAGGAAGGAGCCAGGGAAAUUGUAUUUAGCUGCUCUGCUACAGGAAAACCCGCGCCAACAAUUGAAUGGGACAUUCCACCUGACGCCAACCGGUUAGACCAAACACAGACUAGUACAGUAUCCAACAGUGACCAGACGUUUACCAGCAGCCAGAACAUCACUCUGCAGAUACCUACAGGCUGGGAUGGACAUGUGGAUUGUCUGCUGAACAAUGGCAUGAGGGGACAGAGGCGGGAGACGAUCCCUUUCUCUUUGGGUGAAAAGGAUCCAACAGAUAGGGGGAAAGGACUGUCGCAGUCAGGAACUGCACUUGUAAUCACAGCAGUAAUAUUUAUUUCCUGCUUCACUGUUGCUGCUGCAAUAAUCAGGAGGAAACGGUUAAAGGGCAGCAGAAGAAAUGAAAAUGAGCAUGUGUAAGGUUUGUCCUUUGAACAACCAUCAUGAAACAUCGUGUCUGUGUCUGUGGACAUACAAGCAUGAAAAGCAUGAAAAUCUGCAUUUUCUUGCAUCUAAUCUUUAGAAAUGUGAUUGUGAAUUAAGCUAAAAACCUGUUGAAUUUAUAUUUCUUUUAAUUUCAGAACUCCGCACUUUAACUUUUUUUUUUUUUUUUUUAAUUGAGCUUCAAGCAAAGCACUUGUUCAGACUUUGCAGAAUGUAUAAAUGUGGGAACUAUGACCACUGUUUAGGAGAGGGGGAAUCACAUGAGUUACCUCAGUAACCGUUAGGUAAGCAGCUAAAUGUGUAGUUUACAAAGAGUCCACAUAAUAAACUACAGUCUUAUUCAUAUUCAGAGUUAUAGUGACUGCAACCCAGUGCAAUAAUAAAGAUUUGCCCCGAGCAAAUCCAACUAGAUCACCAGUAUGACAAGCUGAUGUUUUGUUAAUGGAGGGCAACUGAAAAGAGAGAAAUGUCCCAUGGGAGGUAUGAAUGUCACAGACUGGAGCUCUGCUGCCAUCCAGUGUCCUUCGUGGAGAAAAAGAGAAAAGAGGGAGAAGUGUGAAUCAGAAUCAAGAGCAAAAGACAAUUAGAUCUCACCAAGGAAUGUAAGAGAAAUUUCAGUCUGUUCAUUUGUCUCUCAACAAAUAGGAACUGUUAACUUGAUUACAUGAUCUGUGUAGUUGACAUAAUCUUGUUCCAAAAUUCGGAUAUAUCUAUCUAUAUCUAUAUAUAUAUAUAUAUGUGUGUGUGUAUGUAUCUAUAAAGUUUAACCUAGAGAUAAUAUAUGAAAGAAUAGAUAUUAUUUUUGACAUAUUGUUGUGUUGUUAAUUGCACUCUUCUUGCCAUUUUGCACAUGUUCAGUGUUCGUCCGUAAUUCAGAUGCUAUUUAUUGCACAAAUGCACACACAUUGUACUCUAUGGACCCUGACAGAUACCUGAAACACAUAUUCACUGUGUGGUUGUGACUGUAGUGUUGUUUCUAUGUGGAUUUUGCAUCGAUGUUCAGACUAAUUUCUGUCAAACGCUGUUUUGUCAACCGGUGUUGUGUUUUAUGUUCAUGGAGUUUCUCCACAAAUUGUAUUAAUAUAUUGAGUUAAUAUGCUUUUAAUAAUUUAUUUUCUAAUUUGUCCAUAUAUUUAUUGUCAUGUAUUAAUUAAAAUGUGUAUUGAUGUUUCAAGUGA